UCUGUGACUCACUACGGAUUUCCUACUCACGAGACCAUCUGCUAAAAAUUAAGGAACAUUUCUUUAAGGAGCAGCUUUCUUUAAUCUCACCCCCGCCUGUCUUUACAAACACGGAGGAGAUUCUAACACAGGAGGAGGCAAUUCCCACGGAGCCAUGGAUUACUAAAAAAACCAAACGACGGAAACGAAGGAAACAAGGUAAACGAUCUGGGAUCUUAAUCAAGCUAAGAACUCGCACUAAAACUCCUCUGCCUUCAAUUUUCCUAACAAAUAUACGCUCACUUGCAAAUAAGAUGGAUGAAAUACUCCUCUUAAACAAAUACUAUUCUGAUUUUCGCAAUUCAGCAGUCCUAUGCUUCUCUGAAACCUGGUUAAAUGAAUCAAUUGAAAAUAGCAGCCUGAACAUUCCAGGAUUUCAAAUUGAACGAUCGGACAGGAUUCCAGAAACAUCUGGUAAAAAGAAAGGAGGAGGCUUAUGCCUAUAUAUUAAUUCAUCCUGGUGUCAAGAUUUUAACAUAAUUUACAAAUUCUGUGACAACAAUUUAGAGACUCUAAUUAUCAACUGCAAACCUUACUAUUCGCCUCGUGAAUUUUCCUCAUUUCUUCUAAUUGCUGUUUAUGUCCCACCACAAGCCUGUGUAAACGAGGCAUUACGAACUCUAGCUGACCAAAUCAUGGAGGCUGAAGCCAAACACCCUGAUUCACUGGCCAUUGUUUUGGGAGAUCUAAACAAGGCAAACUUAAGGAAAGAGCUACCAAAAUACUUUCAGCAUGUCAAUUGUCCCACCAGAGGCAAGAAUACUCUAGACCACUGCUACACAACACUAAAAGAUGCCUAUCGGUCUUUACCACGUGCAGCUGUAGGACACUCUGAUCAUUGCAUGAUUCACCUUGUACCUGCUUACAGGCAAAGACUUAAAGCCAUAAAACCAAUAAUUAAAUCAGUGAAAACCUGGACGGAGGAAUCAGAAUUAAAGCUACAGGCAUGUUUUGACUGCACUGAUUGGAAUAUUUUUAAAGAUACCUCUGCAGACCUGGAUGAACUCACAGAUACUGUAACAUCAUAUGUCAGCUUCUGUGAAGACCUAUGUGUACCUACAAGGAACUUGCGAAUACACAGUAAUAACAAACCUUGGUUUACACCUAAACUUAAGCAGCUACGACAUUCCAAAGAGGAAGCCUACAGAAAAGGUGUAAACCAAGGUUUGUUAUUACUGUGUAUUCGCAAGUUCCUUGUAGGUACACAUAGGUCUUCACAGAAGCUGAUAUAUGAUGUUACAGUAUCUGUGAGUUCAUCCAGGUCUGCAGAGGUAUCUUUAAAAAUAUUCCAAUCAGUGCAGUCAAAACAUGCCUGUAGCUUUAAUUCUGAUUCCUCCGUCCAGGUUUUCACUGAUUUAAUUAUUGGUUUUAUGGCUUUAAGUCUUUGCCUGUAAGCAGGUACAAGGUGAAUCAUGCAAUGAUCAGAGUGUCCUACGGCUGCACGUGGUAAAGACCGAUAGGCAUCUUUUAGUGUUGUAUAGCAGUGGUCUAGAGUAUUCUUGCCUCUGGUGGGACAAUUGACAUGCUGAAAGUAUUUUGGUAGUUCUUUCCUUAAGUUUGCC